AUGACUGAAAGGUUGUUAGUAAGAGCAUUGAAGGGUGGUGAAAACACUAAGAUCGUUACCUUGAAUGGGAAGAAGAUAACAAAGAUGCCCUCAACAUUAGAUAAAUUGCCUGGCCUGAAGACUCUGGAUCUUCAGAAUAACCAAAUACCCAAGGUGUGCCCUGAGAUAAGCACCUUGACCCAGUUGAUAGUACUAAAUCUGGGAAACAACCUUUUGGAAGAAAUUCCAGAAGAGAUGAAAUACCUUACAUCCCUGAAGAAGCUUCAUUUAUUUGGAAAUAAGAUUUGUAAAUUUGCAUCUGAAGCAUGUGAUGGCUUACAAAAUUUGAUUCUGCUUAAUCUGAACAACAAUCAGCUCACAUGGAUUCCUCAAGAAGUCAGCAGAUUAAAAAGUCUUGUAUAUUUGAGUAUAAAUCAUAACCAGCUAGCCAGCAUUCCUAAAGAACUUUGUUUUCUUAAGAAUCUUUCUGAACUUCAACUUAACUACAAUCAGCUCAUUUGCAUACCUGAGGAGAUUAAGUUUUUGAAGAAGCUCCGGAAGCUUCUUCUGGUCAGGAACAACAUUGAAGUUUUGCCAGAGGGACUUUGUGAUCUUAUAAAACUAAGAAUCCUAGACAUAGCUGGAAAUUUUAUUCAGACAUUUCCAUCAGGAUUUCAGAAUCUGAAGCUGAAGGAAUUCUACUGUGAAGGAAACCCACUGUUCCUGAAGCAGCCAGUUAAUGCUGUACAACAGGAGGACGCCUGGAGUCUACAGGAAAUAACAUCAAGAUUUAUAAUGAAUGAGCUAGCAGGAAAGAAUCCUUUCAUAAUGCACGUCAUAGAACAGCACCCACAGGUCAGGAACAUAAUCUCUCAGGGAAGAAAAUGCGCAAUAUGUGGAAAGUGCUUUUUAACCAUAUGGCUGGAAUGUGUUGAAUUUGUUCCUCCACCAAAGAACUGGAAGAUAAGCAGAAAUCUACAGCUGGUACCUCUUCGAAUAUUAAUUUGUUCUUACAAAUGUUUUAAUCAGCGUGGCCCUAACCUCUUUGGAAUUGCUCAAGCGUAG